AUGACUUCAUUCUCUAUAGAAGAGACUUCAAAACAAAGUUGUUCUAGUCCGGUGUUAGGAAAAAGAAAAUCGGUUAAACCACCACCAUCGGUAUGGGAACAUUUUAUAAAAGUAGAAGGAUGUGAUCCUAAAUAUCUUAGGGCUGCUUGUAAACAUUGCGGAACUUUGUAUGCUUGUGAUUCUAAAAGAAAUGGUAUCACUAAUUUGAAAAGACAUUUAGAGAAAUGUAAGAAGUAUGUAAAUCCAUUGGAAGAUAAUGUUGAAGGAGAGGGAGAUUCUGAAAGUAGUUUGAUGGCUAUAUCCUUCACUCAAGAAAAUUGUAGAACAAUGUUUGCUAGUAUGGUUAUCUUGGAUGAAUUGCCAUUUAAGUUUGUAGAAAGUGAAGGGUUUCACCAAUUUUGUAGGACAUUAAAUCCAAAGUUUGUGAUUCCAUCAAGAGUAACCGUUGCAAAGGAUUGUUUUCAAAUGUAUAUGAGGGAGAAAAAAAAGUUAAAAAAUGCAUUAACUCGAAGUGGCCAAAGAGUUUGUUUAACAAUAGAUACAUGGACCUCUGUACAAAAGAUUAAUUAUAUGGUUAUAACGGCUCAUUUCAUUGACGAUGAUUGGAACUUGCACAAAGGAAUUUUAAACUUUUGUCAAGUGGCUAAUCAUAAAGGAGAUAUAAUAGGUAGAGCCAUUGAAAAGUGCUUAGAAGGUUGGGGUAUUGAUAGGCUCUUUACUGUAACAGUUGAUAAUGCGAGUUCAAAUGAUGUAGCCAUUGCCUACUUGGUUAAAAAGUUUAAAGGCAGAAAUGGGUUGGUGUUGGAUGGUGAAUUUAUUCACAUUAGAUGUUAUGUCCAUAUUUUUAAUUUAAUUGUUAGUGAUGCCUUAAAAGAUUUGCAUGUGUCUAUCAUUCGAAUCAGAAAUGUUGUGAAGUAUGUUAGGUCAUCUCCUGCUAGAUUGUAA